AUGAAAACUGCAAGCAGUAAUUCACAAUGUACACACAAACCGAAGAAUAUACAUUCGCAUAAAAUGUCUACAAUUAUAGAAAAGAAGGAGACAAUGGAUUUGUACAUAAGUAUUGCAUAUUUUAGUUGGGAUGAAACUCAUUUUGGUAAAAUGGGAAGUUGGUACAUAAAUAGAACUUUUUUCUUUGAUGUUCAUCCACCUCUUGGAAAGAUGUUAAUAGCAUUAUCUGGAUAUUUAACUGGAUAUGAUGGAACAUUUUCUUUUGAAAAACCAGGAGAUAAGUUUGAAAAUGUUAAAUAUGUUGGUAUGAGAAUUUUUUGUACAUUUUUAGGUGCAACGAUAGUUCCUUUAUCAUAUCUAAUUGUAUGGGACUUAACAAAAUCUGUUCAGGCAGCUGCAUUUUCUGCACUAUUUAUCUUAUUUGAUGUAGGAUUAUUGACAUUAAAUCAAUACAUUUUGUUGGAUCCUAUAUUAUUAUGCUUUAUGAUGUGUGCAACUUGGGGAAUGGCUCGAAUAGGUUCUCUUCAUGAUGAACCAUUUACAUGGAAAUGGUGGAGUUGGUUAGCAUUCACAGGAAUGUCUCUUGCUUGUACAAUUAGUGUAAAGUUUGUUGGUUUGUUUGUUGUUCUACUAGUUGGAUUAAACACUGCUUUUGAAUUAUGGAGAGAAUUGGGAGAUCUAACAAAAUCUAUCAUAAAUGUAGGAAAGCACUUGUUAGCACGGUGCAUUUGUCUUAUUUUUAUUCCAGUAUUAUUGUACAUGUUAUUUUUUUAUAUUCAUCUUUCUGUUUUAAAUAAAAGUGGAAGUGGAGAUGGAUUUUAUAGUUCCGAAUUUCAAUCCUUAUUGGAAGGAAAUUCUUUGUAUAAUGCGACAAUGCCGCGGCAAUUAGCUUACGGAGCCACAAUCACGCUGAAAAACCAUAGAACUGGUGGAGGAUAUUUACACUCGCAUUGGCAUCUUUAUCCAGAAGGUAUAGGAGCUAGACAACAACAGAUUACGACUUAUUCGCAUAAAGAUGAUAAUAAUUUAUGGUUCAUAAAAAAAUUUGAUACUGAUGAUGUACCGUCGAAGCCAAUGUUAGUAAAACAUGGUGAUCUCAUACGCUUGGAACAUGUUAUUACUCAUCGAAAUUUGCAUUCGCAUAAAGAGAUCGCUCCUAUUUCUAAAAAGCACUAUCAAGUUACAGGAUAUGGCGAAAAUGGUACUGGUGAUGCUAACGACGUAUGGAAGAUUUUAAUAGCAAACGGCAAAGACGGCGAUGUAGUUCAAACCGUAACUAGUAAAUUAAAAUUUGUACAUUAUCUACACCAUUGUGUUUUAACAUGCAGCGGUAAAACAUUGCCGAAUACCAAACGUCAGUUUUCAAGUAUAUGCACCUGGGUUCUUAGAUAGGUUUCUAGAGUCACAUGCAGUAAUGUUGCAAGGAAAUUCUGAUUUAAAAGUUAAAGAAGGAGAAGUGUCAUCGCGUCCUUGGCAAUGGCCUAUUAAUUAUAGGGGUCAAUUCUUCUCUGGGAAUAGUUUGAGGAUAUAUCUACUUGGUAAUCCAAUCAUUUGGUGGAGCAAUAUUGUAUUUUUAAUACUUUUUAUGUUGCUAUACACUCACGCCUGUGUACGGCAACAACGUGGUUGUGUAGAAACUCCUGCCGUCCUUGAACAAAGAGAUAAAAUAUUAAACGCAGGAAAAUGGCUUUUUAUUGGUUGGAUACUGCAUUAUGCGCCAUUCUGGGCAAUGAGUAGAGUUUUAUAUUUCCAUCAUUAUUUCCCAGCUCUAUUAUACAGUUCAAUGUUAAGUGGAACAACUUUAAAUUAUAUUAUUGAAAAUUUUCUACUUGUUUUCUCCGUUGGCUUAUGGUAUGAUUGGCCCUUCUUCACUGGAUCCUGAAAGUCCAAUGCAUUCUUUAAGAUGGAUGGAUACUUGGGAAUUUUAA